UUCUUGACGAUAUUCAAAGAAGAGUAGACUCAUGUUACAUCAGUGCUCAAAAAUGUUUUACAAAAGCUUUUCCUUCAUUAUGGUUUGUGCUGCUUUGGGUUAUGCUAUAAAACUACCAUCGGAGCUACAAGAAUAUGUGGAUGACUUACAUAAAAUAUGUAUUUCUCAAAGUGGCAUAUCGGAAGAUGACUAUCUGGCUUAUGAUGUGGAGAACAAUCCUCAUGAUCAAAAGCUUCAAUGUUACAUGAAAUGCCUGAUGUUGGAAGCAAAGUGGAUGAAUUCUGCGGGGGAAAUCCAAUACGAAUUUAUUAUUGAGUCAGCGCAUCCAGAGAUAAAAGAUCUUUUAGUGGCAGCUCUGAACAAAUGCAGGAAUAUUGAAGAUGGUGGAAAUCUAUGUCAAAAAGCUUCAAAUUUCAAUUCUUGCAUGUACGUCGCAGAUCCUGUGAAUUGGUUCCUGAUUUGAGUUUGGAAACUAUGAUGCCGAGAAGAAAAUAAUCUCAGUUACAGAUGCUUUUUAUGUUCACGAGUGUAAUUCUAUUAGAAAUGAGUACAUAACUUUUCAAUUA